AAGGGGCGGAGAGAAGACAACCACUAAGAUCAUGAUAACGAUGGUUCAUGUUUAUGGUAUUUAAAAAGCAGCACUUCAGGUUAGAGCAGUCAGCAGCUGCACCUUCACUCUCAAACAGUAAACACCUGUCAACAUCUGCACACCAGGAUGAAGAAGAAGUUGAUCCUUGAUGUGGACACAGGGGUGGAUGAUGCUCAGGGCAUCAUGUUGGCCCUCGCAGCCCCUAACGUGGAGAUUUUGGGGAUCACCUGCUCCCAUGGCAACACACCCCUGGAAAAUGUGCUUAAAAACACACUGCGUGUCCUGAAAGUCUGCGGUAGGCUGGAUAUCCCAGUGUAUCGUGGUUCCUCAGAUCCUGUGUUGGCCAGGAAAAAACAUGCAGGAGAUUACCAUGGGGUUGACGGGCUGGGUGAUGUCCCAGAUGGAGAUGCUCCAGGUCUGGAGCUACUGCAGAAGGAAAAAGCUGCACAGGCCAUGGUCAAGAUUGUGAAGCAGAACCCUGGGGAGGUAACUCUAGUGGCCAUGGCUCCUCUCACUAACCUGGCUAUCGCGGUACAACUGGACCCUUCUCUCCCUAAGAAACUGAAGGCGCUCUACAUCAUGGGAGGGAACACUCAGUCCAGGGGAAACACCACAUCAUGUGGAGAGUUUAACUUUGUGACUGAUCCUGAGGCUGCCUACAUUGUGUUGGACCGCUACACCUGUCCCACCUACAUUGCUGCCUGGGAGUUCACCUGCAAAAACUGCCUGCCAUGGUCUUUCCAUGACCAGUGGCUGAGCCACAAAAGUGAGAAGGCUGCCUUCAUGAAAAAGAUUUCCAAUUAUAGUGUGGAGAAAGCUCGGUCCGAGGGUUAUCAAAAGGAGACCACAGAAGGACAAGGGUUCAACGCCUGCGACGCCUAUGCUGUAGCUGCAGCAGUUGAUGAUACACUGAUAACAGAGAAAGAAGAGGUCGCUGUGUCAGUGGAGUUGGGGGGGAACUACACUCGAGGCAUGAUGGUGCUGGACUACAUGGAGCUGCUGAAAAAGCAACACAAGGUCACCAUCAUGAAGAAAAUUGACCUGGAGAAGUUCAAGCAAAUGCUAAUACGGGCAGUAAAAUAGAAAGCUACUGUAUCAGGUUGCAACUGGCGCAUGAAUAAAGUGAUGAAUGGAUGACAAACCUUUAUAUCAUAAAUGAAACAUCUUAUUGCAAAAUGUCACUUGGAUCUUAAAAUAAAACACAAGUAAAGCUGGUUUUUGCAGUGUAGUUUUUUCAUGAUCAAACAUGGACUUCUUUUAAUUAUUAGAAUAAUAUUAGAUUAAUAUCUGCAACAGAUUGUGUAUGGAGGCAAAAGGCCUCCAUACACAAUCUGUUGGUGUCAAAUAAUCUUUCACAUGACAUUAUAAUAUUAGUGGUUCUGCACAUAACCCCUUACAGUAUGUUAUAAAUGAACACAGACUGAGGACAAGCACAUAGAGACAAAAAGCGUUUCUUAGAAACAAAGUAAAACUGAGGCAACUUAAUAAAACAUUUUAUUAAAUGUGCACUUUAAGAAAAAAAGAAAAUAAGUUUGCAUCCCACAUUCCUCCAUUUUCCUUAUUCUCUUCAAUAAUUAAGGUUGAUGUUUCAGUCUUUUCCAAGAAAACAAUCAGAAACAAACAUCUGUGUUUAUAUUACAACCUGCCAGAGCACUAUUUACAAAUCAUACAAAAAGAACAAAGUAAAAACUUCUCAUCUGCCCCCUUGUUCCUGCAACUGUCCAAACACAUCACUGAUCACCGAUUGUGGAGCUCCAGCUCAACAAAAGAGCCAAA